AUGUAUAAAAAUGCAUCUUAUAUGGACUUACUUACACUGGUACCAUUGGACUUAUCUGCUACAAAUAUGUAUCCAGUGUUUGUAUUGGGCACACUCACCUAUCUUAUUAUUGUCUUUUGCAACCUGUUGGUAGUGGCAACUAUUGCUUUGAGUAAAAAGCUACACAAGCCCAUGUUUAUCCUCCUGUUCAACUUGCCCAUUAGUGACAUGGUGGGCGCCACAGCUUUUUUCCCUCAUCUUCUUUUCAGCAUUGUGACACAGAACAGAGUGAUUUCCCAUUCUGCAUGUAUUACUCAGGCUUUUCUGAUUCAUUUCUAUGGUACAGGAAACUUGCUGAUCUUGAGUGCCAUGGCCUACGACAGAUACAUCGCUAUAUGUUGUCCUUUGAGGUAUAAUGCUAUCAUGAGUCCAAAGAAUUUAAUCAGACUUAUAAUUUUAAUAUGGUUUAUAAAUUUCUCGAUGAUAGUCACUUUGAUUUUGUUGCUUGGACGGUUUAAAAUUUGCAGGACAAACAUAGUAGAUUUGUACUGUAACAAUCCAUCAUUAUUGAAACUGGUCUGUGAGGACCCCAGAAUAAACAACUACUAUGGGAUAAUUUCUAUAGUCUUACUCCAGGGUGGACCACUGUCAAUAAUAAUAUACACGUAUGCACAGAUUUUGCGUACAUGUGUCAUGACCAAUCAAACUGAUGCCAGGACAAAAGCCUUUCAGACAUGUGGUACACAUUUAGUUGUUUUUUUAAUCUUACAAAUUAAUACUGCCUUCACACUCAUAGCUCAUCGCAUUCCGAAUGCAUCCCCGUACAUUAGAAGGGUUCUUGGUGUAUCAAUCUUAUUAUUUCCACCUCUCUUGGACCCGAUUAUUUAUGGACUGAAAACAAGAGAACUGAAGCAGGGUAUAGUAAUGUUCCUUAAAAGACAUAUUUUUUCAACCAAGUUGUAA